UCUAAGUUGGAGCCGGUGGAGCAGCAACGCCCCUUUGCUUUAAAUGUGGAGCUGCCUUGCUGCUCAUUUCCAGGCACAGAGGCGAGGGACAGGAGGAUACCGGGACACCCAGUCUGCAGCUCUGCUGCGGCGGCCCAGGGUGGAUGCCGACCGGCUGCAGGCGAGCGGGGGUGUGAGGGAGUCCCGCUCCGUAGAUCGCCCAGGCGGCGGAGCCCAGCACCGGAGCAGCGCCUCUUCCUGGUGUGGUGCAUUUUCUAUAACAUCUGAGACUACUUCAGCCCUGUAGAGCAACAUGAUCUUUAACUCUUCCACCCAAGAUGGUAUUAAGAGAAUCCAGGAUGACUGCCCCAAAGCGGGAAGGCAUGAUUACAUAUUUGUCAUGAUCCCUACUCUCUACAGUAUCAUCUUUGUGGUGGGCAUAUUUGGAAACAGCUUGGUAGUGAUUGUCAUUUACUUUUACAUGAAACUGAAGACUGUGGCCAGUGUUUUUCUUCUCAAUUUAGCCCUAGCUGACUUAUGCUUUUUGCUGACUUUGCCACUGUGGGCUGUCUACACGGCCAUGGAAUACCGCUGGCCCUUCGGCAAUCACCUGUGUAAGAUAGCCUCAGCCAGCGUCAGUUUCAACCUCUACGCCAGUGUGUUCCUGCUGACGUGUCUCAGCAUCGAUCGCUACCUGGCCAUUGUCCACCCAAUGAAGUCUCGCCUGCGCCGCACGAUGCUGGUGGCCAGAGUCACCUGCAUCAUUAUCUGGCUGCUGGCCGGCUUGGCCAGCUUGCCAGCCAUCAUCCACCGAAAUGUGUUUUUCAUCGAGAACACCAAUAUCACGGUUUGCGCUUUCCAUUAUGAGUCUCAAAAUUCAACCCUCCCCAUUGGGCUGGGCCUGACCAAGAAUAUACUGGGAUUUUUAUUUCCUUUUCUGAUCAUUCUCACGAGCUACACUCUUAUUUGGAAAGCCCUAAAGAAGGCUUAUGAAAUUCAGAAGAAUAAGCCAAGAAAUGAUGAUAUUUUUAGGAUAAUUAUGGCAAUUGUGCUUUUCUUUUUCUUUUCCUGGGUUCCUCACCAGAUAUUUACUUUCCUGGACGUUCUGAUUCAGCUGGGCGUGAUCCGCGACUGUAAAAUUGCGGAUAUUGUGGACACCGCCAUGCCUAUCACCAUUUGCAUCGCUUAUUUUAACAAUUGCCUGAACCCUCUUUUUUAUGGCUUUCUGGGGAAAAAAUUUAAAAAAUAUUUCCUCCAGCUUCUGAAAUACAUUCCUCCAAAGGCGAAAUCCCACUCAAACCUUUCAACAAAAAUGAGCACGCUUUCUUACCGUCCUUCCGACAAUGCGAGCUCAUCUGCCAAGAAGCCUGCAUCUUGUUUUGAGGUGGAGUGACACGUUCAAAUCCUGUUAGUGAAGUGAUGGACAGAGUCAGAGCUGCAGCCCUCCAGACAGCUCUCACCAAAGGAGUAUCCCUCCCUUCAGGAUUUAAGCAGAAAAUGGGUUCAGUAGUUACUUUCCUAAAGCUCUGAACAAAGUCUUUUCUUUCCUUUGCAACCUAACGAAUGAAGCACACUUUGCCGCAUUUUGCAUUGAUGGGGCCUCAAAAGACGAUGUCAAGAACUGGAAGAAUGUGUGGAUUUGGGGGAAAAAAAAGUACUGGCAGAAAUGCGAUCUCCUCAGUCUCCUCUUACUCCCUACUUUUGAUUUCCACAUAAAGGUACUGAGGAUAAUUAAAUUCUUAGACAAGUCACACAAGGCUGGAGAUCAAGAUUUUUCUGCUAAGUUUAGAGAGGGCAGGGAACUUUUUGUGUCUGUUUAGCUCUUAGCAACUGUGACCCACUUGUACCUGAUCCCACACGUUUUGUACAAAGAUUUGCUAUGCUGUAGUCACAUUUUGGAACCCUUUGUAGAAUGCAGCUGGUGUCUUAAAAACAUGUGCAGCCAAAACAAUGUGAGCAAAUGGCUUACUUGUAUAGGAGCCUUACCAAAGUCAUACAUCAAAGUUGAACUGCUUGUAAAACUGUUGCUGUCUCAGGUAAUUGUGUCUUCUUAGUUACAUCAGCUUUAUCUCAUAUCUGAAAAAUGUAUGCAGUUUAUGGUGAAAGGAUUAUGUAUCAUAAAGUCUGUGUUGUUUUCUAAAAAAAAAAAAAAGACAAGUUAUAUAUAUAUAUACACAUAUAUAUAUAUGUAUGCUUAUCUAUAUCUCCAAAUUGUCUUUUGAUUAAAAUCUGGCAAUGUUAUAUUUACCGUGAAAUAAAGUAAUUUUCUUGUAAUGUAUCUAAUCUUCAUUACUUAAAGGAAAUGCUGAUUUGUUUUUAAAAUGAGGCAACCAUGAUUUUAUUUAAAGCUUGAUCUAAUUGAUAGUUUAAUGUGAUUAUAGUUAUAGGUUUUGUAUCUCACUGUUGGAAAGGAAGAAAAUAGUUUAUUCUUCUAAACAACAUGGGGUAGAUACAUCAUUUUGAGUUUUUUUAAGUUUUUCAUGUAACAGUAAAACAUUCUCACUACUUAUAACCCUAAAUUGAUUCGUUUACUCAUUAUUUUUAAAAUAAUUGGAUGUCUUUAGCUAUGUGGAUGAUCAUUGCAGGAAAUCCAGAAUCUAGAGAAACAUUGACGUAAUAGUCAUAUUUAGUUCCCCAAUGCAAAGAAAAGUUCAUUUUAAUAUUUUAGGUCAUUUACUUCUACAACUUUUGUACUUAUUAUACACACGUACAUAUGCAAAUUAUGAUACUGGAGUCAUCGUGUGUGUGUAGGACUUUGUGUACAUAUUUGUCUAUCAAUAUCAUCACAAAGUAGUUCCCAUUAUAUAUUUUUCUUCACCAUUUUAAUAUUUAUUAUUACAAAAUACAGGCACACCCUGAUAUGAUAAGAGAAUCACCAAAUUGGAACAUAUAGCAUUUUUCCAAUUUUUUUUCAGUAUCAAGAAUUACAUGGAGCUGAAUGUCAAGUACAUGAAUCUGAUAAAUUCCUCACUUUCCAAGAAGUAACACAACAAUGCAGUUGUAAGCAAUUUUUUUCCAUAUUCAUGAUAAAUGUUUCCAAAUAUUUUCCAGGAAAUAUAGAACAGUUUAUAUACCACCAUCUAUGUUUGGCCAUCUCACUAGAGCCUAGACAGAGUCUACCAUAAGGACCCAGGAGCCGGACACAAGGGCAGGGGAUCAAGAAAGCUCAAAGAACAUGCUGUAGCAUAGUGUUCUUGCAGGGCUGUUGCAUCAUUCUUUAGCCUAAAAGCUUUCACUCUGAGGUCCAUCCACAACAUGCUGAACUGACUGUCCUGGUCUAAUAAACUGUGCCCAAAGGAUUGGAUGAUGUAUAAAGUAAUUGAUAAAAGCAGCAGGCAUCCAGGAAGAUUUCAGUACAAGGAGCAGAGCCUCCACCAUUCCACUCCCACUCCCACAAACAGAGCUAUUUUAUGAAUAAAUGUGGUUAGACGUGCCUCA